CUACAAAAGUUGCCAGAUGCGCCACAGGAUGCUCUGUCGACAGCUUCGUUCGCUUCGUUCCUUGGGACUAUAAGUAGUUGCUCAAGAACGUACCCAAGAUCGUUCACCAGAGACCGAAUCAGCACGCGCUUGUUUGUAGCAAGUUCAUCGCAGCCAUGAAGUUCAGCACAAUUUUCUCCGCCCUUGGCCUGGCCGCCUCUGCCAGCGCCGCCUCGCUGCAGCAGGUCACCAGCUUCGGCUCAAAUCCCAGCGGCGUCAAGAUGUACAUCUACGUCCCCGACAAGCUGGCAGCGAACCCUCCCGUCGUCGUGGCCAUUCACUACUGCACUGGUACAGCUCAAGCCUACUACAACAGCAGUCCCUACAAGACACUCGCAGAUCAGAAGGGCUUCAUCGUUAUUUACCCCGAGUCGCCGUACUCAGGAACCUGCUGGGAUGUCUCCUCCAAGGCAACUCUCACGCACAACGGAGGAGCCAACAGCAACUCCAUCGCCAACAUGGUCUCAUACACUCUCAGCAAGUAUAAUGGCAAUAAGUCCAAGGUCUUUGUCACCGGCUCUUCGUCCGGCGCUAUGAUGACCAACGUCCUAGCCGCCACUUACCCCGACGUCUUCGCCGCUGGCAUCGUCUACAACGGCGUUCCGGCCGGUUGCUUCUACACCGGCACCGUCAACGGCUGGAACAGCACCUGUUCUUCAGGCCAAUCGAUUGCCACGCCGGCACGCUGGGCCCAAUGGGUCUACGACGCCUACCCCGGCUACACGGGGUCCCGCCCCCGCAUGCAGAUCUACCACGGCAGCACCGACACCACGCUCAACUACGCCAACUACCAGGAGACCAUCAAGCAGUGGUCCGGAGUCUUUGGAUACAACCCAGACAAGCCUACGACUUCUUCUCAAAACACACCUAUUGCCAACUACCGCACGGAUGUAUUUGGUGAUCACCUCACUGGUGUUUGGGCUGUUGGCGUUGGACACACCGUGCCCAUUCGGGGUGAUGACGAUAUGAAGUUCUUCGGCUUGUAGCCGUGUACGACACGUAUGAAUAUUCUUGGAUAUAGUUUGAAGGAGACUUCAGCCACUAUCAUGGCAGUCAAUAAACUAGGGCGUAUUAUUAUUAUACCUAUUCACUA